GGAGGCGGCGGCGGCGCCCAGCUCCCUGCCCGCCAUGGCGAUCCGCAAGAAGAGCAACAAGAACCCGCCGGUGCUGAGCCACGAGUUCAUCGUGCAGAACCAUGCGGACAUCGUGUCCUGCAUGGCUAUGAUCUUCCUGCUGGGGCUCAUGUUCGAGAUUACAGCAAAAGCAGCUGUCAUUUUUGUUACACUUCAGUAUAACGUUACCAUUCCUGCCACAGGUAUGUAUCAUCUUGCAGGAGAAGCAAUCUCUCUCUAUCACUAUGGCAUCAAAGACUUGGCUACAAUUUUCUUUUACAUGCUUGUAGCAAUAAUCAUACAUGCUAUAAUUCAGGAGUAUGUACUGGAUAAAAUUAACAGGAAAAUGCACUUUUCAAAAACAAAGCAUAGCAAGUUCAAUGAGUCUGGGCAACUUAGUGCGUUCUACCUUUUCUCCUGUGUUUGGGGAACAAGUAUUCUUGUUUCUGAGAACUAUAUAUCAGAUCCAACCUCUCUGUGGAGGGACUAUCCGCACACUCUGAUUCCGUUUCAAAUGAAGUUUUUCUACAUCUUACAGUUGGCAUACUGGUUUCAUGCUUUUCCAGAACUGUACUUCCAGAAAACGAAAAAAGAAGACAUCUUUCGCCAGAUUGUCUACAUUGGACUUUAUCUGUUUCAUAUUGCUGGAGCCUAUCUCCUGAAUCUGACCCAUCUUGGACUUGUUCUUCUGGUGUUGCAUUACUUUGUUGAAUUUCUUUUCCACAUAUCCCGUCUUUUCUACUUCAGUGAUGAAAGAUACCAGAAAGGAUUUUCACUGUGGGCAGUUCUUUUUGUUUUGGGAAGGCUUCUCACCUUGAUUCUUUCGGUCCUCACUUUUGGCUUUGGACUGGCAAGAGCAGAAGAUCAACAGCUGAAUUUCAGUACUGGAAACUUUAAUAUCCUGGCUGUUAGAAUCAGUGUGCUGGCCUCCAUCUGCAUGGCUCAAGCAUUUAUGAUGUGGAAGUUCAUUAAUUUCCAGCUCCGGAGGUGGAGAGAGCAUUCUUCUUCUCAGCCUCAGUCAGUGAAAAAGAAGUUCGUAACAGCUAAAGGAAAGACAUCCAGAAAAGAAAGAGAAAAUGGAAUAAAUGGAACAGUGACCUCAAAUGGAGCAGACUCGCCUCGUAGCAGGAAGGAUAAAUCCUCGUAAAACUGAGUUUUAUUAAGUUAAUUGACUAAUGUCCCCAAAGAAUCUGCUUUUUACAUGGAUGGCCCUUCAGCACUAGAGAUGUUAUGGAUUAAAGAAAAUACAGUUCAUGGUUUUUGAUUAUUGUUUUGAGAAACUUUUUUUAAAAGCCAUUUUGACUAAGGAAAAAGGUUUAUCUGUCUUCAAAUACUGGGGGGGGAUACAACACUUUUUAAAUAACAUUGACACUUUUUUAAACAUUUAUUGUUAUGAAGUAACUUCAUUUAAUGAGGAUCACUGUUGCAAUGUAUUGUUUCCUUCCAGUUUUUAUAAUCUUGGUGAUAUAUACUGUUCUAACAACUUCAUUUUUUCCAAGUUCUUCAAGAAGUAUUGCAAAAUUGAAGCAAAAACUUAGUAUGCCUUUUUAGAUACCCUGGCUUUUCAGUUAAUUACCUUGAUUCAAAUUUACAGUUCAAAUUGGGAUUCCAAGACCACACCAAUAAACCUCUUAUUUUGUAGUUAUUAGCUACACAAUGUCUGCUCUAAGAAUUGCCCCAUAUCAUUAAAACAAAACUGAACUAUUGGAAAUGUUGCAGAGUCUUAUUGUUUGUUGGUUAGAAAUCUCUUACAAGGAACAAAAAACCUUUUUGAGAUAUAGCUUUAGCACUUGAAAAUUAGAAGGGAGUGUGUAUGGUCAUAGAGAGUUGAUUUGAGUAGCACUGUUAACUCCUGUCUGUGCUUUGAAAGUGUAGGUAUCUUGAGAAUUAGUGUACUUUGGACCUUCUUUGAAAACUUGUCUGUCUGAUUUUAGAGGGUGGAGGUUCUUACAAUGUGGUGUUAUGUUUGUUUUAGGAGGCGUUUAAUGCUCCAUGAAGAGGGAAUGUAUUAGAUAAAUGGAUCAAGUUAUGAGGAACAUUCCUUUAUUCUAACUGCUUUGCUUUGUUUCACCUCUGUUAGGAAAUAGUUUCAUUUCUCCUAUAUAUAUUUUUAUGAAAAAAUAUUUAAAAGCUACACUUCUUAAAACUGAUUUAUUGUGCCCUUUGCUACAACUGGAAAAAAAAUCUUCAGAGUUUUUCCGUUACCUGUCUUUCAUAUUUGUAUUAAAUGUGAAGCUUUGUCCAGUUAAUUUUCCAGUUUAAUAUGCAGUUAAUGUUUCCUCUGUACCCUUUUGUGAUGGGUAUAAUUCCACCCAUUUCACUUGAGAAUCAGUUAGAGAUUUAAUUUAGUCUUGAGAAGAAGUUGCUGAAUUAGUCUUUCAAGUUAACCCAAGUAUUGGACUGCUUAUUGAUUGAGAGGAGUAAUUAUGAGCAAUCAAGCUGAUAAAUAAAAUAGUUUUAAUUAAAAACUGUUACUGUAGUUGAGUUUAUACCCAACAAAAUAAUAAAUCUGCAUUCUGUAUCUUCUACAGUUCAGUUGCUUACUAUACAGAAUAAAUGUUUCUAGUACAAAACCUUCACUACAAGUAACUAUCCAUUCUUCAAUUGUGUAGUGCUAUUUGGAGUUGUUGCAGUAUAAUUUACUACAUUUCAGCUAAUAUCAGUCACAGUUCCCGAAUACUUGCUUCACAGCUUCUGAAGUGGAUUUGACAGACUUAGACUUUCUUAGCUUGAGAACUCUGGGGUAAUAUGCCCAGUCUGCUUCAGUGGAAGUAGCUAUACCAUGUCUUGAUUUGAAGAAAUAAAACUCAAGUGGUGAAACUGUGGAUCUAUCUGAUCUGACCAUGAAACGGGAAAAUUGGAACUCAGAAAUUUUGAGGGAAUUGCAUACAUUAAAUACUUGCUGCA